CAGGGAUGACUAUAAACAAGGUAACUGGAAUAACAAUAAAACCAAUUACCAAAAUACCAAUGCACCCUACGUCCCACCUCAUAACCGCCAACCUCCGCAAGAAGACUCCUUGGCAAGGAUGGAGAAGAUGAUGAUGGAGUACAUGCAGAAGAUGAACAAUCUAGCAGAUGAUAUGAAGGAACGUGACAAGACACAGGAUAGUCAACUCCAACAAGUGUUUAAACAACUUGGAGUUAGAGAACAGGGGAAUCUCCCAGCUACCACUGAACCAAACCCACGGGAGCAACUUCGGGCAAUAACUUUGAGAAGUGGUAAAGAGCUCCAAGGCCCAGAAGUCAAAGUCAAUAUAGAUGAAGUACCCGUGGGUACCUCUAAAGGAACAACCCCGCAAAAGAAAACUGAAUCCACGCCCCAAGGGGCGGGAAAGGAAGAAACCUCUUCUAGCCAGACCCUACCAACCAAGCAAGCUCAGCUAAACACUAUCCCUUUUCCUACUAGGGUGAAAAAGAACAAAGAUGAAAAAGCCUUUCAGAAGUUUCUCGAUGUCAUUGGCCAAGUUGAGGUCAAAAUGCCUUUGGUAGAUGUGUUAACUGAAAUGCCCAAAUAUG